AUGACAGGCUACCUUACAGGAGGCAGCCCCAUGUCGAGGAGCACUACCUCCUCAAUGGCUUCGGUCUCAGUGGGACUUCACUCAGAUAAGCACGAGCGCAGUCCACAAGAGGAGGAGAGUAGCCGCUUGGUGCGGACCUUCCCCAAGAUGACUGAGGGCCACGUGGAUGUGGGCACACAGACGGAGACUGUGGUGGUGCUAUCUCUGGCUCAGGCAGCCGUUCUUGGCCUCAUCUCCCAGAAUGAAAUCUUUGGGGCCACCAUCGCUCCUAAUGGCUUUUACACAGGAGAACCCAGAGAGCGCCCCUGUCCUCAGCCUGAGGCAAUGGAGUAUGAGUACGCUGACCAGCUGAUAGGGGCUAACGGGGACUACCUGGCUGAGCCUGCUGGGGAGCCGGAGCCCCAGCCACACUGCAGUGAGAGAAGAAGGCCAGGGCCCCGUGGGAGGACCAAGAGGCCUAAGAGUGACGGAGAUUUAGUGGGUCAUCCACACAAAGUACCAAGUCCACAGGCUCAGGUUAAAGGUGAACGGCUUGAGUCUGAUACACCAUCUUCCUGCAUUCACAUGAACAGCAGGCGUAGUCCUGGCAAACAAGAGGAUGCCAUCACGCCACAAGGUUCUCUGAAAGAGGAGCAGGCCUGCGGAAAUUGUCCCUCAUGUGUGAGAGAUACAUCCAGGCCACCGUCAGACAGACAACCAGAGCAGGAACAAGAAGAAAGCAGUGGUAGAGAAAGAGAGAGGAAGGAAGAGGAGUUGGUGGUGGAGGAAGAAGAAGAGGAGGAGGCACUAAACCUCAAAACUAGUGGAGAGACUGGGAGUCCUUUGGAGAACCGGUAUUAUGAGUCUAAUGAGGUAGCCUAUGAGUCUGCUGAUAUGGCACUGCCAGGAGAGUACGAGGAGAACGGGCAGGCCAUGCUGUGGUCAGACCCAGAGGGCCUCGCCAGGAGGAUGCAGAUUGACAGGUUGGACAUCAAUGUACAGAUCGACGAGUCUUACUGCGUAGAUGUAGGAGAGGGUCUGAAACGCUGGAAGUGCCGCAUGUGUGAGAAGUCAUACACAUCCAAAUAUAACCUUGUCACACAUAUCCUGGGCCAUAAUGGAAUUAAACCCCAUGAAUGUCUACACUGUGGAAAGCUAUUCAAGCAGCCAAGCCACCUUCAGACUCACCUGCUCACCCACCAGGGAACCCGACCUCACAAGUGUACCGUUUGUGAGAAGGCCUUCACGCAGACCAGCCACCUGAAGAGGCACAUGCUACAGCAUUCAGAUGUCAAGCCCUACAGCUGUCGCUUCUGUGGCCGUGGCUUUGCCUACCCCAGCGAGCUGAGGACCCACGAGAACAAACAUGAAAACGGUCAGUGCCACGUCUGCACCCAGUGCGGUAUGGAGUUCCCAACCUACGCACACCUGAAACGUCACCUGACCAGCCAUCAGGGCCCCACCACAUACCAAUGCACAGAGUGCCACAAGUCCUUCGCCUACCGCAGCCAGCUGCAGAACCACCUAAUGAAGCACCAGAACGUGCGGCCCUACGUUUGCCCAGAGUGCGGCAUGGAAUUCGUCCAGAUCCACCACCUUCGACAACACGCUCUCACUCACAAGGUACUGGCAGCGCACGCCCUCGCACAUAAGGGUAUGAAAGAAUUCAAGUGUGACGUCUGUGCCCGAGAGUUCACCCUGUCUGCCAACCUGAAGAGACACAUGUUGAUUCACGCCAGUGUGAGGCCCUUCCAGUGCCACGUCUGCUUCAAGACCUUUGUCCAAAAGCAGACCCUUAAAACGCACAUGAUUGUCCAUCUGCCGGUCAAGCCGUUCAAAUGCAAGGUAUGCGGGAAGUCUUUCAACAGAAUGUACAACCUCCUCGGCCACAUGCAUCUCCAUGCCGGCAGCAAGCCCUUCAAGUGCCCUUACUGCACCAGCAAGUUCAACCUGAAGGGCAACCUCAGCCGACACAUGAAGGUCAAACACGGCAUCAUGGACACCUCAAUAGAUGGACAAGAGCCCCCCCAGGACCCAGAAGGCCAGGAGGAUUAUGAAGAGGAGAGCUUUGAAUUCAGUGAGCGAGAAAACCGGGCUAACAACAACAACACACCAGACAUUGCUAAACUAUCUCAAAUGGAGUAUUACAGCACCUAUGGGAAGGGCGCGGGGCGCUUCAGCACUGCAUGAAUUAUUAAAAUGACCCCAAAU